AUGGAUCCGCCGUUGGUCAGCGAGGCUUCCUUCACCGCCACCGCCAACCCGACUUCCUACAGCCUCGCCGGGCUGCUCUCCAUUCCCACCGGCGGCGGGAGAUUGGGCCUCAGAAUGCGCGGCCUCGACGGAGUCCUGAUGGAGGAUUCUGCGGUGGCGGAGCUCGGCGCCGGAAAGAGGGUGAGGGAUGUCGGGAAUUCGUUCGGCGACGGCGCUGCUAAUAAGCAGCUUGUUUCCGCCAUUGCUGCUAAUCAGAAUUUGAAUGUGUCGAAUGGAAAGCGAACAAAGGUAUCUGGAAACAUGGUCGAAAAUGACGGCAUGAAAACAGAGGUGGAAGCAAAGCCAGGGCCGGCUCAGGUGAACAACAAGCCGGAGCCACCUAAAGACUACAUUCAUGUGAGGGCUAGAAGGGGCCAAGCCACCGAUAGCCACAGUCUUGCUGAAAGAGCUCGAAGGGAGAAAAUCAGUGAGAGGAUGAAAAUUCUGCAGGACUUAGUUCCAGGAUGUAACAAGGUUAUUGGGAAAGCUCUUGUUCUUGAUGAAAUAAUUAACUACAUCCAGUCACUACAGCACCAAGUUGAGUUUUUGUCGAUGAAGCUUGAAGCUGUCAACUCAAGUGCAAGGCUGAACCCCACAAUGGAUGAGUUUCCUCUGAAAGAUCUUGCUGCACAGGCUUUCGAUGCUGGUGGGAUGCUAUAUGGGCCUCAAACACCUAUGGACUACACUCGUGGAUCACAAGUCGAGUGGCUUCACAUGCACAUUGGAAAUGAAUUCGACCGAGCUACGUGA